AUGGCGGAGCAACAAACUAUGAAACCGGUGGCCUCUUUCCUUUUAGUCCUGAACUUCUGUAUGUACGCUAUUGUUCUCGGAAUUGGAGCAUGGUCCAUGAACAAAGCCAUCAACCAUGGCUUUCUUAUUGGCGCGGAUUUUAGUCUUCCGGCUCAUUUCUCGCCAAUAUAUUUUCCAAUGGGCAAUGCGGCCACCGGAUUUUUCGUGAUGUUCGCUUUAAUUGCCGGGGUUGCUGGAGCGGCCUCGGUUAUAUCUGGCGUUAGUCAUCUCCAGUCAUGGACUACGACAAGUCUUCCAGCAGCUGUAUCUGCAGCCACCAUUGCUUGGUCGCUCACACUUUUAGCCAUGGGAUUUGGGUGCAAGGAAAUUGAACUUGGAAUGAGAAAUGCUCGUCUGAGGACAAUGGAGGCAUUUCUAAUUAUACUUUCGGCAACUCAGCUUCUAUAUAUUGCUGCCAUAUAUGGAGUUAGGAAAUAA